GAGACCCAACACCACCUAAGUUACCCGAACCUUCUGAGCUACCAGAACCAGAAGAAGGGUCGAAGGAGGGAGAAAGCGACUAUGAGAUCGCAGAUGAAGGAAAUACAUCAGAUUCUGAAUCCGAAUCUAAUAACAAGUCAGAAUCUGAAGAAAAAAAACCAAUAUUUCGAAGAAUAGAAGAUCUAGCUCCAAAAAGCAAUGUUUAUAAAAGAGAAUUAGCUCAAUUAGGAGGUAUUAAAAUAAAAAUAGUUCUUAUUGCUUAUAUGUAUCAGAUUGCACAAGGAGGGUAUUUUGGACAUCGAAUAGAUCAAGACAUAGCAUUUCCAAAUAAAAUCGAUGAAAUAGAGCAAAAUCAACAUUCAGAUUGGAUAUAUGAGUAUGAAAAAAAGAUCUUUCUAGAAAUAAACGAAAGAUAUUUCGAAGCAUGUAUGAAAGCUUAUUUAGCAAGUGAAAAGGCCUGUAGACAGGGUCGAAGAGCAAGAAAUCUUCAUAAUGUUAGUAGGCUACAACGCUUUAAUAAUAUACUAGACUUCUCUGGUAUAAAUUUUCUAUCCACAUUACGUGAUAUCGAUAUAUUCGAAGAAAAUAAUCCAAAUUAUGCAGUAAAUAUAUUUUAUCCUGUACCAGAAAAAAAUGAUAAAGAGCAAGCAACUAGAAAGUUGGACCCAUUCCGUUUAUUGGAGUAUAAUUAUCAAAGAGAGUAUAUAGUGGAUUUAAUUUUAUUUACUAAAGGAGAGGAAGAUUUGAGGGAUCGCUGUAAUAUUAAUGAAAUCACUCCAGGAUUAAAUACUCAUUACUGUCUCAUUAAUAGUAAAAAUGGAUGGAAUAGGAUCAUGCAAAAUUAG